UGAACAGCGCCCGGGUUGAAAGGUCAUCGUUGCGAAAACAUGGCGACUUCAAGCAAGACAACGGUGGUGCUUAAGACGGUCAAGAACAUUGUUGUUCAGUUUUGUCCGUUUGAAUCCAAUGUUCGCUCCACACGGGAGUUCCUGGUCCUGGUUGGGUCUGAGAAGGCCAGAUCGACCAAUAUGAGCUGUGAGGUGAUGACAGAAGUGAAACACGACCAGUCUGAACCAGUGGUGGACAUCACAUUCAUGGAUGGAGAAAGGCUAAUGAUGAAGGGAGCGAGACUGACCAGCAAGGAGAUGCUGACUGCACUGCAGUCACGAUGUGUGGCCAAGGACCCCCAGGCCAAAAUUACAGCCAAGAAGUAGUCCCCUCCCUCAGUAUUUUUUUAUGUGUCUAUGUAUAUUUGUGAAUGUUUAUGAUAAAAUACUUUAUUGAAAUGUUA